GUAACGGACGUUAAGUGAUCUGAGCGUCAUAAAACGAGGAGAUGGCCGUUAUAUUCGUCGUAGCUCCUCCCUCCACCUUUUCUUCAGAGAAUGGCGUCGAACACUCUGUUUUUGCUGCUGCUGCUGCUCUUCGCUUUUCUCGCUGGAGCUCUCUCUACAAUUCAGAAUGACAAAUCACCUAUUUUGAGUGCGGUUGAGUUGGUGAGCUCUCAGAAUUCUACGGCGCCGGAAAUGUUUGAAGGAGUUGAGGAGGAGUAUUUUAACGAACACGCAGUGGAUGAUCCAGAAGAGGUUGCAAGAAUGGUAGAAAUGGCCACAAGAAACAGCACUGAGAGGAGAAAACUCGGUUUCUUCUCGUGCGGAACUGGCAACCCCAUCGACGACUGCUGGCGUUGCGACCCCAACUGGCAGAGGAACCGCAGGCGCCUCGCUGACUGCGGGAUCGGCUUCGGCCGCAACGCCAUAGGCGGCCGCGAUGGCCGCUACUAUGUGGUGACGGACGCUGGCGACGACAACCCUGUCAACCCUAAACCGGGCACUCUGCGCCACGCGGUCAUACAGGACGAGCCCCUGUGGAUCGUCUUCAAGCGGGACAUGGUCAUCACACUGAAGCAGGAGUUGAUCAUGAACAGUUUCAAGACCAUCGACGGGCGCGGAGCCAAUGUGCACAUUGCCAAUGGCGCAUGCAUCACUAUCCAGUUUGUUACUAAUGUUAUCAUCCAUGGCUUGCACAUCCAUGACUGCAAGCCGACCGGUAAUGCGAUGGUGAGGAGUUCGCCAUCGCAUUACGGUUGGAGGACUAUGGCUGAUGGUGAUGCUAUUUCCAUCUUCGGGUCGAGCCACAUUUGGGUCGACCAUAACUCCCUCUCCAACUGCGCGGAUGGCCUUGUCGACGCGGUCAUGGGGUCCACCGCGAUCACCAUUUCCAACAAUUACUUCACACACCACAAUGAGGUUAUCCUAUUAGGCCACAGUGAUUCUUACAUGAGAGACAAGUCAAUGCAGGCUACGAUUGCGUUUAACCAUUUCGGAGAGGGCCUCAUACAGAGAAUGCCAAGGUGCAGGCAUGGCUACUUCCACGUCGUGAACAACGACUACACUCAUUGGGAGAUGUACGCAAUAGGAGGAAGCGCAGAGCCCACCAUCAACAGCCAAGGCAACAGAUACCUAGCACCGGUCAAUCCCUUUGCUAAGGAGGUGACAAAGAGAGUUGACACGGACGCGGGCAAAUGGAAGAGCUGGAACUGGAGAUCAGAAGGAGACCUGAUGCUGAACGGGGCUUACUUCACACCAUCAGGAGCUGGAGCUUCUGCCAGCUAUGCCCGAGCUUCGAGUUUGGGAGCCAAAUCUUCCUCCAUGGUUGGAACUAUCACUUCUGGUGCUGGGGCCCUUGGCUGCCGCCUCGAGCAGAAGUGCUAGCUAGCCUCCUAUCACAUGAAAAACACAGAACAAAGAAAUUGGUCAAAUUUUUUUGAAAAAGCCCAUGCUUCAUUCACAUUGGCAAGUGUACAUUUUUUAUACAUGUCUGGACACUCUUCAAUUGCUUCUCCACCAUCAUAUUAUUGUGCAACCUCGGCCUGCUUCAGCCCGAAAGAAAACAUUGCUGUUCGGAACAGGUGCGGAAGCGUUGUCCAAAAUCUUCUCCGUCCUUGUCUUAACAGAGAAAAUCUAUACUACAUUUUUAAGAGUAUCUACUAUUGUGAGAAUCCAAAACUUGUGGAGAAGAAAAAACAAGGAACUUUUGUUAUAGAUGAUGCGUAGUAUGUAAGUAGUGAGGUUCAAUACAUUAUGCUUUUACUACAUUUUUGCUGUUUUAUUUCUAAA